AUGGCCUCCCUCGCAGACACGCCAACCACCCGUCUAAGACGAACCUUUGCCUACCCCAACGACUCCGACUCCGAUUCCCCCGAAGCCAUGGAUGAACAAGAACAAGACUCCCUCAUCCAAACCCUCGCUACCCAAAACGCCUCCCAAAACGAAGCUCUCAACCGCAUCCUCAUCGCCCUCCCGCUCCUCUCAACAAUCGCCUACCUCCGCCCGCUCUUCACCCCCGCCACCGUCUCCUUCGCAGUCUUCUGCCUGACGUCCCUCCUCACCACCGCGUUUCUGCUCUACAAACUACCCCCCACCGAGACGGGCAUCGCCGUCAUCGAUUCCUGGGCCGGUAGCUCCAGAGCCGACCCGUCAACGAGAUUCCAGCUGCGCAGUUCUCUAAGGGGAAUCGACGCUGGCAUCGGCGUCCUCGGCCGCGCGCCCGUCGAAACGCGGUCCCCCUUGGAGAGGACGCUGCCGUAUCUAAACCUUGGGCUGGUCGUUUUGCUGGUCCUCAUGGGCUUGGUGAGAGGAGACGAGCGAGGGGGCGGGUUCGGAUGGGUCAGCAUGGGCAACGUGCCGGGGCUCGUCUACUCUGUUGCCAUCACAGCAAAGGUUGUCAUGGCCGGCGUAGAUCCGGAGAAGGAAUUGACGGGCCUCAAGUACGGCUACAAAGGUGCUUGA